AUGGCAGACGCAACAGGGAACACUGUGACAAACCAACAGGCUGUUACAAAUUUCAUCAUUGCUAUUACAACUCGUUUUGCACCCCCAUCUUCUCCUACGACAGUCGCCUCAUCAGGCAACGGGUUGCCGACUCCGGAAAAUCCCUUUGUUCUAGGAUACGGCAUCUCUCAGGUUGAUCCGAAGCCUCUGCCCCAAACACCACAGUUCGAUCCUCAAAAUUUUCAGUUUAGUGUGAGCCAUCAGCCAAAUGGCUAUGGGACGCUGAACUUCUUGAUGCUUUUGGGGCCAAUUACGCCGUUGACAAACGUCACGCAGAAUGGUAACGCUGGCGUAUUCGCUGUCCCUUUCCUUAAGUCUAUUGGCGCCGAUGCCCCGAGCCCUGCUGGUGGCCCUCAAUAUGACGGUACAUUGGCAGUGUCUGCAAAGGCUUUCAGAGAUCAGUAUAUUGUCAAGCAGUUACAAGACUUCUUUGCCAUUCCCAAACCUACCCUGAAAGACGUCACCGUACAUACAGAUUCGAACGCGACAAACUUCACUUCAUUUAACAGUUUCGCGACUAAUAAUACCUGGCAUACCGAUACAAGCGGUAGCGACGUUGACUACUUCAACUACAAUGGGAGUUGGAACAACACGGUCAGUAUCACAAGUAACUAUGCUGGCCAGCAGAUGCCGGUUGACGCCGCUCGGACCUUGAGUAUUUCAGCAGUGGCAUCUUUCUGGAUAAAGUAUCUCCAGACCGUGGAAGCAAGUUGGAAAUACUUGAACCCAUACUCCGGCACCCUUUCAGCCGAAACAACAGUAACUCCUAUCAACCUGGCUUAUAACGUCGCAACCGGCUCAAAAGGUGGAUGGACAUUUUCAGUCGACGGAGAUAAGACGAAGCUUCCCCCAAUGGAAGACGAUCCUGAUAAUCCUGGCCAAAAGAGGCUAGUACUCAAGGAGGAAAACGCUUCUGGAAACGGACUCGAAGUAAUAAUCAAUAAGACUGGAUCAUUUUUCAGCCGGGGCAUCUUCAACCCUACAGCGUUGAUGAAUGAGAUGACAAACGGCCUUGCUCCUGUCGCCCGAUCUGUUUGGGCGAUGUAUCAGGCACAGCUCUCUAAUAGUCUGAGUUCACUGAACAGUCAGAUUGUGAUGCCAGUUGGCAAUGUUUUCACUUUUAACGGACUGAGUCUUGAUUCCCAAGGCAACCUGCUUACCCUGAUGAAGUAUCAGACCCAAUCUGGUGAUGGGGAGAUAACGAACGUAUAA